GAGGUGGGCACAUCAGGCCCAUCAGGUGUGAGCCGUGUUGACUGCCAUUACUUUUCCCUUGUUCUCAGCCAUGUCUUGGCAGAUGGCUCUGCGCGUCCCGCGAGGCCUCUGGAGCGCGGCGCUGAUGCUGAUUCUGCUGCCGCGGAGCAGCCCGGUGGCCGAGGGCAGAGACUCGCCGGAGGAUUUCGUGUUCCAGUUUAAGGGUCUCUGCUACUUCACCAACGGGACGCAGCGGGUGCGGCUUGUGACCAGAUACAUCUACAACCGCGAGGAGUACGUGCGCUUCGACAGCGACGUGGACGAGUACCGGGCGGUGACGCCGCUGGGCCGGCCGGACGCCGAGUACUGGAACCGCCAGCAGGACAUCAUGGCGGACGCGGCCGAGGCGGACACGGUGUGCAGACACAACUACGAGGUUGAAAAGGGCUUCACCUGGCAGCGGCGAGUGGAGCCCACGGUGACCGUCUCGCCGUCCAGGACGGAGGCCCUAAACCACCACAACAUGCUGGUCUGCUCGGUGACGGAUUUCUACCCAGGUCAGGUCAGGGUCCGGUGGUUGCGGAAUGACCAGGAGGAGACAGCCGGCGUGGUGUCCACCCCGCUUAUUAGGAACGGGGACUGGACCUUCCAGAUCCUGGUGAUGCUGGAAAUGACCCCCCAGCGUGGAGACGUCUACACCUGCCACGUGGAGCACCCCAGCCGCCAGAGCCCCAUCACCGUGGAGUGGCGGGCUCAGUCUGAAUCUGCCCAGGGCAAGAUGCUGAGUGGCGUCGGGGGCCUUGUGCUGGGGCUGAUCUUCCUUGGGCUGGGCCUUGUCAUCCGUCACAGGAGUCAGAAAGGACCUCGUGGGCCUCCACCAGCAGGGCUCCUGCACUGACUCCUGAGGACUGCUUGACUGGGAUUGGUCUUCAUCCUUCUGCAGUGCCCGCCUGUCUGCCCAGAAUUCCCAGCCACCUGCGUCAGCCUGUCCCCCUCUGAGCUCAGAGUCCUACAGUGGCUGUUACACAGCCACCAGGUCACAUCCUGUGACCCCUGCCCCAAGGAUCUGGCUGUGAACCUGCUUCCUGCACUGCCCAGAGCCUCUGCCUGCACUGCCAGCUGCAUCUUCUCAGGCCUCGAGCGGCUGCUCUUCCAUUCUGCCCCACAGACUGCUCAAGAGAAGCACAUUGAAUCCGUUUGGCUGACUACAGAGCUUUUUAAAAAUAAUUAAACAUGAUUAUGAGUUA